AUGGUACCUAUCGUUUUUCCAACACUUCUUCCCGACGCUGACCCGAAUCUUGUAGAAUUCUGUAAGAAUCUACUGUUCGCAAGUCAUCACAAAGAGUGUACCACUGCUUCGGAACUGCUGCAAAAAGUUGUUGCACUCAAGUGUAUCCAAGACAACAACACAAUGAGCUCUGCAUGCAGCAGCUCCGCUCCGCCCGUUUCUUCUCAGCCAUCUUGCUCAUCAGCCGAACAAUCGUCGCCGUCCCCAAUGGACACUUCUGAUCCAGAUGAGCAAGAAACUCACUCUUUCACUGAUACUCCAGUCUUCUUCAAUUCUAUGACUGCCGUCCUCAACAAUCUUAACAAAACUGGAGUAGAUUCAAUAGUUGCCGAAGGAAUUGCUUUGGAUAGACUCUGCUCUCCAAGUGCUAAUCCAUUGAGUUUCAUGUCCAAAGUGGUCAUAAACGGAGUGGAGAUUUGCCCAGUUGAUGAUGUGACAUCUAACUUCGUAAAGAAUGUCUUGAAGAGACUUCAUGAUCAUGAAAAUUUCACAGUUGACGGUGCGCCAUAUCCAUUCGAUGUCAAGUCAUCACUUCGCUACUCGGAACAUCUUCAUUCUCAAAUUCCUCCACUCGGGACCAUUAACCCACCACACGUGGCUCACGAGCAAUCAAUCACUUUCGCAGCAAUGGCAAGAUUUAUGGCAAUGCAUGAAAUCAACAUCGACUUAAAAUUGAUUUUCCCCGUGGAGAGUCACUUGCUCGACGAGCACGCCUACUACUCGGCACUCUUCUGGACCUACCGAGAGGCGUUCAAAUCGUUUUAUUAUCCAAAGAUGCCUGCGCCUCUUCCACAACCAUUCCAGCUGACGCCAGCAGAGCGUCAGAUGCUUUGCCGCUACUGGAACUCUGGUAAUCGCCACGUCACGGCGUCGGAAUGCAUGCUUCUCUCAAGAAGAUGCCCGAGUUUGGCUCCGCACCAAGUCUACGGGUUCUUCGAUAAACGUCGUAGACGUACAUACAAUAAGUAUCGCGGUCUCAGAGACGAGGAAACCUUGGCAUUGGAGACCACUCAAGUCUGGAGAAAACUGAGAGAAAUGAAGCAGAAUGGGAAUGAUGAGGAUAGUGGGGACGAGGAUGAUGCGCUCUUCCAGAGAGAAAUUUUAUCGAAAGAAGACACUGCUAAACUAGAAGUUCUUUGGCAGUUGGGUCAUCGUAAACCUAGUCGUAAUGAAUGCGAACUUCUUGCCGCUGAUCUUUACAUUGAAAGUGGAGAACAAAUCUUCGCCUACUUUGAGGAUCGCCGUUGGCAUGAUGAAUAUCAAAACCGCAAGCGUGCUAGCUCCUCCAGAAAAUGA